UACGUUGCAGUUAUGUUGACGUGUGGUUAGUUGAAAACUAGCGUUGGUUUAGGUAGCCUAGCUAGCUAACUAAGUAGACGAAUGUGUGAUGUUGUUGCUGUCAACUACUCAAUUGACUAUAUCUUUUGUAGCAUUCUAGCUUAGCUUCUCCAUUUUCAUCAAACUGUAAUUUAUAGACAAUUUUCAACAAUGGCAGAGGCCUGGGAAGAAAUCCGACGACUUGCAGCCGAUUUCCAGAGAGCACAGUUUGCAGACACUGUACAGAGGCUGUCAGAGAGGAAUUGCAUUGAAAUUAUUGCCAAACUUGUGGAAGAGAAAAAGUUGGAUGUGGUGCACACACUUGAUGGAAAAGAAUAUAUCACCCCGACUCAGAUCAGCAGGGAAAUUCGCGAUGAGCUUUAUGUCCAUGGAGGCCGCAUCAACAUUGUCGACCUGCAGAAGAUCAUUAAUGUUGACUGGGUCCAUGUUGAAAGCAGAGCCAGUGACAUAGCAAGAUCGGAUAGAGGUGUUCAACUUGUGUUGGGACAGCUCAUAGAUGUGACAUACCUGGAUCGUCUGGCUGAGGAAUUGAAUGAUAAACUGCAGGAGGCUGGAAUGAUGAGUAUUGCUGAACUAUGUAAGGCCUAUGACCUACCAGGGGAUUUUCUGACUGAGGAAUUGUCCAAACGCCUUGGGAAGAUAAUAGAAGGCGAGAUGGAUCAGUAUAAUAGGGGUGUGAUAUUCACCCCAGCUUUUGUAUCACGCCACAAAGCUCGCAUUCGGGGGCUGUUCAGUGCAGUUACAAGGCCAACACCAGUCAGUAGCAUGAUUGGAACAUUCGGUUUCCAGGAACAUCUCUUAUAUUCUGUCUUGGAGGAGCUGGUGAACACGGGCCGACUGAAAGGCACAGUGGUGGGAGGCAGGCAGGAUAAAGCCGUUUAUAUUCCCGACAUCUACUCUAAAACCCAGAACUCAUGGGUGGACUCCUUCCUCAGGCAGAACGGUUAUUUAGAGUUCGAUGCCUUGAUCAGGCUUGGGAUCCCUGAGCCAGCGACCUACAUCAGGAAGCGUUUCAAGUCGAGCAAGCUGCUGUUCCUGAGGGCCGUGUGUGUGGGCCAGGUCAUCGUGGACCAGGUGGAAGCCUCUGUGGAGGAGGCGGUCAACUCAGCCACCUGGACUGACGUGCAGUCCAUGUUGCCCAGCUGUCUGUCUGACGAGGACAUAGGCAUUCUGAUCAACCAGGCCAUGAGAAACACCAACGUUCACUCCUCUGCCCGAGUGCUGGGAGGCACUGUGGUCGUCAGUGAGAAAUUCAUUAGCAACUGUCUCUCCCUCUUUGAGGAGGCCAUGCAGCAUAAAGCCCAGAAGGAGGUAAAGAACAACCCUGUGUUCCUGAUAACCGAAGAGGAUCUCAAGCAGUCGUCUGUAGUAAGCGAGGGCACAACCACUUCCAAAAAAGAGAAGAGGGAGGCGGAGAGACGGAAAAAGGCCACAGAGGGCAGCGGCAGUGUAAAAGGUGGUGGAGGCGGCAAUGCCAGAGAGAUCCGGAUACGAAAGACCAAGAAAAAGGGCAAGAGGGACGAUGACAGCGAUGAAGAAACAGCAGUCACCCAGCAGAAUCGUAACAAACAGACAGAGGUAGACUUUAUGACAGCGGAGGAGAUUGCAGCUGUCUUAGAAGAGCGGGUUUGUGACUGCCCUGAAGACAUCUUGUCUGAACUGGCAGAACAGUUAAUAAGGCCUUUGAAGAAGACUUAUCAGGAAGUGAUGCGGGCCGUGUUCCUGUCCUCCACCUGCUCCCCGUCUGGACCCACGAAGAAGAGGAGCGUGAAGGAGCUGCAGGAGGAGCUGGCCAACCUGUACAACAACAUCCGACUCUUUGAAAAAGGGACCAAGUUCUUCUCAGAUGAGACCCAGGUCACUAUAGUGAAGCACAUCCUGAAGACCGUGUGUACAGAUGUCACCAACAUCCUGGUGAACUUCCUGGCAGCAGAACUCAUGAUGUCUGCAGAAAGCCCAAGCUCCAUCACCAAUGAGGUUAGAGCGAAGAUCCUGGGAAAGCUGCAAGAGGAAACCAGAGCACCUUUGAUGAAGCUGCACAACUGCUUGAAUGGCAAAUCAGUUGAAGAUUUUCUAACCAAUUUAGAAACUUCUGCAGAGGUGUGUGGAUUCAUGCUGAAGAAAAUAGACAAGAAAAAAGAGAGACAGGCCCUGUUCAUGCACAGGCAGGCUCUGGCGGAGCAGCUGAAGGACUCGGACGACCCCGCCCUGGUGCUGCACCUGGCCAGCGUGCUCCUGUUCCAGGGCAGCACCAGCUGCAUGCUGCACGCCCCCGGACGCUGUGUACCCCAGAUCAUCGGGACCCUCACCGGACGCAUACCUGACGAGCAGCACAGGCUGCUGUCCAGAUGUCAGGUGCUGGUGGUCAAGCAGCUGGUGGGCCAGGAUCAGGGCCAGGAUCAGGGCCAGGGAGGCAGCCAGGGGGACCACCCAGAGGAGGGGGACGAGGCACAGGCUAUCCAGAAGGAGUUGGUGGGGCUUGUGGCGGAAGUGAAAGAUCUGGUCAUCACUCCGAAAAAGACUGCCCCCACAGAGGAGUGACCGAACCCGUGUCGUGACAGAAAUGUUGCAAAUGAAUGAUCACGUUGAAUCAUUCAAAGGUUGUCUUAACAGAAAAAAAUUGUGAAAUGUUUUACCUGUUCUCUAUAGGAAAAAAAAAGUGAAAAUAUUACAUGGUAUCGUUGAGAAAUGUUAAUGGCCCAGUCAUUUAAAAUGUCCUCUAAAUUCCUUUGUGGGAUGUUUCUUGUCAUAAUUAACAUGAAAAUCCUCAGUGAGGUAAUAAUGUCACUAAAUAUUAAAUAAAAUGUUAAAAAAAACUGGACCCCA